AUGGAUACGGUAUCAAAGGCAUUUAACAAUAAUCUCCUCCCUCUUUCCGCCGAGAAAAAACGAUUUUUCGCCUACAUCGCUGAAAGCUACACCUAUCACCAACACUAUCCUGCAGACACGGUCAUCGGUGAUGGGAAAGGAGUUGUUGGCAUGAAACCAUGCAGCGUUUUGUACCUCAGCCGAUACAAAGCGGAAGAUGUCAUUCUUCGAUCUGGACUGAAGUGCACUGGUUUUCUGAUCGUAAGAGUGGACAAAGAUGACAAUGAAGAAACGCAGACUGGAGCUCAUUAUAGUCGAAUAUUGGAUCCCCUGAGGCCGAGAUCUUAUCGGCAACUUCAUCUCAGUGGACCUGCAUACGGCUUCAGUGGAUACUUCAAACCGGUGUUUCUGGAGCCCGAGGAUGUUUCAGAAGGAAGUGUGGUUGGCACUUUCUUCACUGUUUUGGUUCCACUCCUCGUCUUCCUAACCAUGGCAUCGGUAUUGGCUCUGUUCGUGCUGCACAAAUCUCUCCACUGGGCGGCUCUGAUGCAACAGGAAGCACUGUGA